AUGGAAAAGAAUCCUAGUUUUCGAUCAGUUGCUCGCAGUGAUGAAAGCAGCUCAAUGUAUAGGGAUAAAUCAAACACAGUGCUAACUCAGAAGAAGGACAUUGAGAAGACUAUUCAAGAAUAAUCCAAGUUUUACAUUGAGAGUCAAUUUACCCUACUCAACUCUACCACUAAUAACGAAACUUCAAACAGUCCAGACAAGCGAAGAUCCAUGCCAGAUGAGUCUAGAAGUAGCAUACUUGAAGAAAAUUUUGCUUCAUAGUCUGGAGGGUGUUGCCUUUGGAAUAUAUUUUAAAGAGGUCCCCGAUAAUCAAUGAAAGGCAAAUCAACUAUUGAAAGAUUAAACAGUAAUUAAAGUGUGCGGAAAGCUUAAAAGCAGAAAGUACUGCCUAUUUCUGUGACUAUCACUCGCCAAUAAGAUAAAUAAGAUGUAUGGAGUGUGUAUCUUUUAAAUAAUCUAAAAAAUCUUGAAGGCUUGGUCUGGGCCGACAGUUUAAUGAAUUACAUGACAAUUAAUGAAAAUGAGUUUCUAGACACUAAAUAUAGGUCAAAUAUUUACUUCCUAAACUACACCAAAUCGUAAAUGGUUUAAACCUCAGUGUAAUAAAGGCAAGUUAUGAUGUAAAGAAAGCUUACAGAAACUUUCACUCGAGAGCAAUUAGACAGUCUUAAGCAAUCCUUUUAAAAGCAUAUGGGUAUUGCAAACCAAAGUGAUCAAACUCUUAUUUCUAAUUAAACAACACUUAGAGACCAAAAUUAAAGUCAGAAUGAUAUUGAAUAUGGCAAUAUUGCAGCUUCUAAAAAAGGAUUGGCUAGACAAAGUCUAGAGACAAACACUAGGGGGCAUAGGAGACUUAUUAGUAGUGACACAGUACCAGAUCUUUAUGAGAAUGGUCUUGCUGAUUUAUAGACCUUGAAAAAUGAUGAGAACAAGCACAGAUUUAUUUACGACAUAGAAGACCCGAACAAUCAAUCUGAUACUAUAGAAUAAAUGGAUAAGCAAACUAAGUUGCUGUUUGAAGUGCUUAGAUCUUAGCUAUUUGAUAACAAACAUCCAUUGAAUAUCAUUAUCAGAAGAUUUAGCUUUUACUUUGUCAAGCAUUACUCCCAGUAAAUAGUUUAUGAUGAGAAAUCCAAUGACUAUUAUAUCUUGAAAUCUCUACCAACUGGUAAAUAUGACUUGCAAUUCGUUAAUGAGCACCAAAGAGCUCAUAUAGCUUAAAAUUAUAUGGACCAGCCAGAUGAUUAAAACAUUUACUUUGAGGAUAUGCAAAAUGAAGGGGAAAAGAUUAAUCGAGAAUAAGCUGACUAUCUAGAAUUCAACUAAUUCUAGAGAGCUGAUCAUACAAUAAACAGUUCAAUGAGACAGUCUUUUAAGAGAGGAUCGUUUGCAAAGUAGAUGAACCAAUUUAAAAAAGAAAAGGAGGUCAAAUACAAGACAGCUUAGGGAGCUCUAGCUGAAGUCAAGUAGUUUCUAUCCCUAAUGUAUGGCAUCUGCAUCAGGUUUUAUGUGACUGUAAUUAAACUUGAUAUCCUUGAGAAAAUGAAAGAAGACUUAGUAGAGACACUCACAAGAAUACUUUUCUGUGAGUAAAUGACUAAUUUGAUGAUAGCUGUAUGCAGAGUAACUACCAAGGAUGAAGAAAGCUCCCUAAAAUAUAAAAUCAACGAAUUAUAGCGAGUGAAAACCUCUCAUCUUGGUCUAAGCUAAUUUCACUGUCUAGAUAAGCAUAGUAAAAUAAUGGAGGUGUACUUGAAAUAGUACAACGAGCUCUGCAUCUCUUUAAACAAACCGGUUAUUGGCCCAGAUGGUGAUGUAGGAGGAAGCUCUAAUUCGAAUGAUGAGAAGGAAUUCGAUUUUGAAGAAUUAAAAGAUGAAAGCAUGAUUUAAUCAAUGCCUUCUGUAUCUGCUAGCAAGCAACAUAGCACAUUCAGAGACAACUUUAUGUCAACAGUAGAUAAUCCGAUCAUGGAAGAAAAUGAGGACUCUGAUGAGGAUGACUAUCAAAUUAAGGAUCUAGAUGAAGAAGAGCUAUAAAAGCAUAGAGAAAGAAUUGCAACAGUAAGAAUUCAUCCUAAAAAGGAUUCGAGAGUCUCAGUGAUAUCCAGACCGAGUGGUGCAGGCGAACCAUUAAUUUAGAUUGAACCUGAUAUGUUUGAAUAAAGUAGUGAAGAUGAAGAGGAAGAGUUAAUAGGUGAUCUGGGUAGAUUCUCAUUUUAAGAGAGAAAAACUAUCAAGUUGGACAGGAUGGUCAGACUCAAAGAAGAAAUCGACAUGAGAUUGAAGCAAAAACCAUAUAUUAACGCUGUAUAACAGAUAAAAAUGAUACCGGAGUAUUAUACACCUAUCGACAAAUUAAGAUGCCUAGCUACUGUUUCGCAUUCUAUUAUAGAAUCAAUAAAUAAAUUCUGGAAAGGCCUAGAUGUUGAGAAGGAUAAGCUGACAGUUAAUGGUGACUCAAUCCUUAUGAUAUACAUCUUUAUAACUGUCAAAGCUAGAACCAAUGUUUAGGAUUUAUUUGCUCAUGUGAAAUAUAUGGGCGAGUUUUCAACGCCCUUUGUGAGAAAUACUAAACUCGGCUAUUGCUUGACAACUCUUGAAAUAGCAUUAAAUCAUAUACUAAACCUUACUAAAGAUGAUUUUGAAACUAAGGAUGAUUGUGAUAUGUUUAGUGAAAGCAGCAGUAUUUGGAGUGAAAAGAGACGAACUUUAACAAGAAGUCUUAGAGAAUCUUUAAGCGCUUCGGUCAGAUCGAAUUCCUUAGUCAUCAAGGAUGACCCGUUAGGAGAUUACUUUAAAUUUGAGGAGUUGCACAGGCCAUAGUGA